AUGAGUUCCACAAAGAUAUAUCACAACAUCACCAAGCUCCCCAUUGCCGCCACCCUCGUCCUGAUCUUUGGCAACUACGAGCUCUACCGCAUACACAAGGGACAGCAUCCCUACUGGACCCCGUUGUUGGAGGCCAAAGGCUUCAAGAGAGGACGGAGCAAGUACGACGCAAUAGCAGCCUCUCCAGAGAAUGGCGCCAAGGACUCUAAAGACCCCAAGGUCGUUGCGGACGCUCCACCUAGUCCCUUCAUCAAGUGGACAAACCUGAACGGCGUGCCCAUACCCACGCUUGACUUCAUGUCAUCGCCUCGAAAGGAACCAUAA